UGUACCUGCUUAAAAGCUAAAAAUUAACUGCAUUAUGUCCAUAUUUCUCAGCCCACUAGCACUUUAAAGAAUUCCGCAAAAUUUCGCAUUUUUUAACACAAACCCAGCCCAUUUCAAUCAUGUUGUCUGCAACGGUUAUAUUUUUGGUUGCUCUAUUUUCACGCGCUCGUUGUGAAUCGAAUGUUUACCAGUAUCAAAAUUCAGCCCAGCAUUCAUCAGAACAUCAUUCCGAGCACCAUUCCGAACAUCAUUCUGAAUUUCAUAAUCAGAACAGUUUUCAGCAAACAAAUUCUGGACCGAUGGGAAAUAAUCUGGCCGGAUUUCAACCUCCAUUUCAACCUGGGCCAGUCAGCAUGAUAAAUCCGGGAAUGUUUCCAACCCAGCAGAACCAAAUGAGUGGUCAAUUUCAGCAGCAAAAUUUCCAACAACAGCAGCCAAUUCUAAAUCAACCUGUGCAAAUCCAGCCAAGUUUAGCUCCCCCUCAAUCAACGGGUGGUUCGAAUGCUCAAGGUAGUAAUGAUCAAGCAACAACUUUAAAGUUGGGUGGAGCAUCUCCAGACGCCCUAGGGAAAUUAACAGAUGCCUUAAAAUCUGCUGGAGUUGGAAGCGUGCAAAUAGUGAAUCAAAACCAAAACGUGCCACAAAAUAGUGUGGUUGGAUAGCGAAUUGAGAUAUGUAAACACCAGCAUGAACAAGGAUAAUUUCAUCAUACACCACGAUUAAAUAUUAUUAUUAUU